CAUCCCCGAGAAAAAAGUAAUCAGGACUAUUAUACUACAUACCGGUGACUCCGUAUUAUCCAUGUUUCCCUCUCCUUGUCCAUCACGCACAGUACUACGACCCCGCCGUCAUCUCGAGCAACUUCUCGAUACUCUUCCCCACGUCGUUCUCGUUUGCCUCCAGCACGAGCUGCACCACCUCCCUGUCCAUGCUCGGGAAGAUCUGCAUCAGCGUCGCCUGGUUCGCCUCCGCCGCUCGUUGCGUCGCCAGGUCGAUCUGCGCCUGCACCCCCGCGAUGUCCAGCCCGGGCGUCGGCGUGCGCGACACGGAGUAUGGCGGCGUCCGCGGCGGAGGUGUUCGCGGAGGCGUGCCGCCGAGGAACUGCGUCGCCUGCGAGAGGAAGGAUGAUGCGGAGUUCGAGGAUUGUGGCGGUCGAGAUGGCGUCUCGUCGGCGCCAACGAAGACUGGAGCGUGCCCUGGAGCGUAGGCGGCGGGUGACUGGACGCGCCGCACGCGAGGCUUGUAGGGCGUCUGGAUCUGCGGCUGUCCCUGCGCGAACGUUGGGGUUUGCGGCCGGCUGGCGCCACUGCCAACGAUGUAUUGUCGUACCUGGUCCGGAUGCGCCCACGAGGGUCCUGCUCAUAGUUAGCAUUACGCACAUUCAAAGCCAUGAAGGCGACUCACCACCCUGCGGCGGCGGCGAAUCUGGCCGAACGACCCCAUCGACGACCUCGCUGAAUAUUCGCCCGAUGGCGCUCAGCGGCUUGCU